CAGUCACUCAGUCACUACUGAGACAGUCGGUCCAGCAACAGCGGUUGUCUCCCAUUACCUCAUUCCGAACGACAACGAUGAGACCAAAGACAUGGAAUCGUAUUCACUAAUGUUACUGCCGAUGUUGGUGUACUGUUCGCUCGUCGUUCUGAAUUAUGAGACAAUUUCAGUGUCGGGCCGUCGAGAUGACGCAAAGUUUUGGUCGAACCCGUUCGACAAAUUGGUUAGUGCUUCCAAGUUUCGCAAAGCCGACGCCAAGCCGAAGAAAGAUUUCGAUUUCAUGAUGGCUUUCCAUCCGGACGAUUUGCACAGGGCUGAGCUUCCAAUCAAACCCCAGUUGCGUUGGGAUGACCGUAGCUCGACCGCUAGCAGGCAUACACCUAUUAGGCUCUUCGAUAACCCCGUCAAGAUAACCACCCAACGACCGAAACCCCCGCCGACGAAAAAAAAAAUGUUCAAGAAGAAUCCGGAAGCUGCCAACGAAAUUCACGUUCAGAUCGACGACGUGGCGGACUUGACAGACAUUCUGGGAAAUUCUCAACACUACCAGGACAUUGUAUUCGCCAUCGACGAGCAGCAGCCAGAUGUCAAAUUAGAUGGUAACGCCCCAUCGAAAGAAAAGGCUCCUAAACCUUUCUGGGGUCCUCCCAUAGCCACUCCGUCUCCCACAGGACGGCCAGCAUACUACCCUAGACCUACGACGAGAGCGGUUAUUCCAGUAAAGACGAAAGAAGAAAAUUCAAUCUACAAGCACACCAACAUUAGAGAAAAUUCAGCCACAGACCCAAAGAUUGGCGAUAAUAAUCAGCCAAACGAAAAGCAAACGACACCAGAUCUUUACCGGGAAACGCCUGUCCACAUGCAGUCCGGCCCGCCUUACUAUGAGAAACGGCAGGAAAACGAUCCGUUUGAUCAAGGGUUCUGGCAUAAGGUGCCAGUUACGGAAGCGACCCCCUUUUUCGGUAACCCACUAUCUCCCGACACUUUUUUCCAUCAGAAAUUUCUGGAAGCCGGAGUGUCUAGCAACCAGGAUCCGCAUUAUUCCGGUACAUUAGAAACACCAGUUCCCGCCGUCAUCUUCAAGGAGAUUGACUCUUCAGCGGUAGGAUCGUAUCCGGCUCCAUAUUAUCCGCCAGCACAGGAUCACCACGUCGUUUACCACCAUCCAGCCCCUGCACACAACAACUACUACAAUCCUCCGUCUGGAUUCGCUCAGGUGGAUUUCAGUCCCAUCUUUUUAGCCAUCGUUCCGAUCGCUUUGUUUUUGGGCGCAGCGGCGGCAUUCGCUUUAGCGACGGCCACAUCGUCCAGCUCGGCGGCAGCGGCCGUCUCCCAGCAACAACAACAACAAGAGGAGAGCAGCAACAACAAUGCAGCCAACAACAAUAACGCUAAUAACAACAACAUCGCCAUUUUGGCGGCCUUACUGGAGGUUAUACAAAGCAAACACGACAGCCAUGAUGACAAACACAAGAUUAUCCUCAUCACGACGACAACUCCAAUGGCUAUCGUUGCUGCAAAAGAUGUUUCGCCCAUCGAAAAAUUAGCCUCAGCUACUAAUCAGACGGGGUCACUUCCGCCAGACAAACCUCUUUCCGAAGAGGACGAUCAAGGGGAUGGAUUCGAUCAGCCUGGCGGAGGGACUGUCAUAGAACCCCCCAUCAUGGAAGAGGAGGAAGUCCCAGAAAUAUUGACAUAUGACUUAUGAUGACCUCUCCCUCAAAAACUAGAAAUUGAAAAUUAACUUAAAAAACUUCUGAAUGAAAUCAUUGCAUCACUACAGACAUAGCCAGUAUUAACUUAUACUAUGUAUUUUGUAUACAAGCGCUUUCGCUGAUGGUAUAUGUCACCAUACGCUGUACUGUUGUUGGUUAGGUUGCAUACAUAACUGUAUAGGUA